AUGUCUGUCUUCAAUGAUUCGGCCCUAUAUCCUCGCUUCCUUCUGACAGGCUUCUCAGGCCUUGAAAGGCAGUAUGGCUUGAUUUCCCUCCCUAUCUUCUUGGUUUACGUCACUUCAAUUGUGGGAAACAUCACCAUCCUCUUCAUUAUCAGAACAGAGUCUUCCCUCCACCAACCGAUGUACUACUUUCUAUCAAUGUUGGCACUCACCGACCUGGGACUAUCCACCACUACCUUGCCCACCAUGUUUAGUGUCUUUUGGUUCCAUGCUCGGGAAAUCGCUUUCAAUGCUUGUCUCGUCCAGAUGUAUUUCAUUCAUGUUUUCUCAAUAAUUGAGUCGGCUGUUCUGUUAGCCAUGGCCUUUGACCGCUUUGUAGCGAUCCGGGAACCUCUACGUUACGCAUCCAUUUUAACCAAUGAGGUAAUCACUGGGAUUGGGCUGGCAGUUGCUGGAAGAGCCCUAACCCUGGUGUUUCCAGCUUCCUUCCUUCUGAAGAGACUUCAGUAUCAUACUGUCAAUAUUCUUUCCUACCCCUUCUGCCUGCAUCAGGACCUCAUAAGGACAACUGUAUCCAGCCGUCGUGUGAGCAGUAUCUAUGGCCUCGUGGUGGUCGUCUGCUCCAUGGGACUUGAUUCAGUGCUUCUCCUCCUCUCCUAUCUUCUCAUCCUGGGCACAGUGUUGAGUAUAGCCUCCAAAGCAGAGAGAGUGAAAGCCCUGAAUACCUGCAUUUCCCACAUUUGCGCCGUUCUCACCUUCUAUACACCCAUGAUUGGGCUAUCCAUGAUCCGUCGCUACGGGCAGAGUGCUUCUCCAAUCGUCCAUGUGCUCAUGGCCAAUGUCUACUUGCUGGUUCCCCCUUUUAUGAACCCUAUUGUCUACAGUGUAAAGACCAAGCAGAUUCGUGACAGAAUCCUCAAGAAAUUCAAGAAACAUGAAGUUUAG